GAAGUGUGAUUUUGUGAGUAUAAAGUCCGCCCAAAAUCAUUUCAAAAUUUGCCAGUUCACCUUCUCUGUCUCGCACAGCAAAUUUCCAAAUCUCUUCUUCUUCAUCACUUUCUCUCACUUCACUCACCUGAAUGCCCGCCUCCAUAGCUGUGUAAAUCUACUUCACUUGCACGAUUGAAGCCCUCUCAAGAAGUUCCACACAAAAUUAAGAAUGCCGGAGACAAGAGAUAGAUUACCAAGGGAUAACGACGCUAUGGUCUCGUACAGCAACCGGAGGCGGAUUGUUGGGGAUGGUAACAGCAAUUCUGAUGUCGUCGUCUUAGUGGAUGAGGCCGAGGAUCGAUCAACUGGAACUCCCUUCCGGUGGAGAGGAGCUUCAAUGGUGGGUACGCCACCAUCGAGGGGGGUUGCUCGUCGAAGGGGUAGCCUUGGAAGUCCAAGAUUUGGGCGAUUCCCAAACUAUAGUAGAUCAUCAUCACUGGGCAUGGGGCGAGAAAACAUGUCCCCUGCGGUGGGAAGUGGCCGUGGUCGAGGUGGUUUCCGAGGGAGAGGAAGCAUCCGGUUGCCUGCUUGGUAUCCAAGGAAACCUCUCAGGGACAUCACUGCUAUAAUGAGGGCAAUUGAGAGAAGAAGAGCACGUCGGGAAGAAGGUGAAGGCCUAGAAACUGAGAGUCCUCUACUCCAGGACCAGAUAGUUCACGAUCCAUCUGUAUCUACAUCAGUUGCUCAGCUCGAGCAAGAUCCUUCCGUCACUUCCCCACUUUCCAAAGCUGGAAUUAGGUGCUGCCCACCAACAGUGGGUAAAGUGCCAAAGAUAUUGCUCGAUGUUACCAACCAGAGUGAAGGAGGUUCAACUUCCUUAACACCUCAAAAGAAGCUCUUAAACAACAUUGAGGUGGUUGAAAGAGUGGUGAUGGAGGAGCUUCAUAAGCUAAAGAGCACUCCAUCUGCUAAGAAAGCUGAAAGGCAGAAAAGAGUGAGGUCAUUGAUGUCAAUGCGCUGAGGUUUGACCGCUUAUCAUGAGUUGCAUCAUUUUCCUCAAUCAAGGUUGAGAUCUAAGGAUUUGGGUAGUCAGAGGACACUGAACAUCUGACUGGUUAGUACAGUUGAUCAUCUCUUGAUGAUUGGAUUCUUAGUUUCACGAUCAUCCCUUGAUCAAACUAUCCACUUUCGAGAACAUCUUUAGUUCUCUAUCCAUGUUCAUAUAUGCCAUUAGAGGCUAUGUAGAUUAGCAGAGAUCGGUUAGGCAAGAACAAGAGAGCUUGUUGCAACUUGCUGGAGUCAUUAAUUGUUUUUACUCCUGCUACUCAAUAGAUGCAGUAAAAUCCAUGUAAAGUUCUCAUUUUCUGCUGGUUA